UUUAUGACCAAGUCGAUGGAGCUCGACGGAGCAUGUCAUCCACCCUGUGACCCACAGAAGUGGGACCAGUUUUGUGACUUUUCAGAUCACCCCUCCAUGCGCCAGCGACAGGCAUUACGUGCAUUUGGGACGGUGCUGCAACAAAUGUGAGCCAGGAACGUAUAUGUCUUCCAAAUGUACCACUACCUCUGAAAGUGUGUGCCUGCCCUGUGGCCAGGAUGAGUACCUGGGCACCUGGAAUGAAGAAGAUAAAUGCUUGCUGCACAAAGUUUGCGAUACAGGCAAGGCGCUGGUGGCGGUGGAGCCCGGCAACCGGACGGCCCCGCGGCGCUGCGCCUGCACAGCCGGCUACCACUGGAGCGAGGACUGCGCCUGCUGCCGCCGCAACGCCGACUGCGCGCCCGGCCUCGGCGCCCGGCCCCCGGUGCAGCUCAACAAAGACACGGUGUGUGAGCCUUGCCUCGUAGGCUAUUUCUCCGACGCCUUUUCUUCCACAGAAAAAUGCAAACCCUGGACCAACUGUACCAGUCUUGGGCUGACAGAAACACAUCAUGGGACCGAUAAAUCAGAUGUGACCUGUAGUUCUUCCCCGCUGUCUACAAAACUACCAAAUGAGUCCCAGAUGUACUUGCCCAGUGUCGUCAUCCUGCUUCUGUUCGUGUCCGUCGCGUUCGUCGCUGCCGUGGUCUCUGGUGUUUACUAUCGGAAGGAAGGGAAAGCACUGACAGCUAAUUUGUGGCGCUGGGUCAAUGAGGCUUGCGGCGGCCUAAGUGGAAAUAAGGCAUCCUCGGGCAACGAUUUCGGGGGCGCUCGGGUGGAAGCCGCGAGCCCACGCGAGCUCUGCGAGGGCGUCCUGCUGCUGACCCUGGAGGAGAAGGUGUUUUCUGAAGACACGUGCUGCCGGGACCCGGGUGUCUGCGGGGCCCCCUGUGCACAGGUGGGAGACGCCGGGAUGCUCACCUUGGUCAGCGAGGUGGAGGGGGACCCCUUCGAGCAGAUCCCCAUGGAAGACGAGUACGUGGAUAGGCCCCCCCAGACCGCGGACUCUUCGCUGUGCCUCGCCCAACCUGGAAGCAGAUCUGCACCCCCUUUCCCCGAGCCCCUGGAAGUGGGGGAGAAUGACAGUUUAAGCCAGUGCUUCGCGGGGACCGAGAGCCUGGCGGAUUCCGAGAGCUGCCACUUGGCCGAGCCCCUGUGCAGGACUGUUUGGAUUCCCAUGUCCUCCGAAAAGUACUUACAAAAAGAAGUGGAGGCUGGCAACUGUGCCCACUGGGCCGCCUCCGGCUCGGCAGAUGGCUGCACAGGCUGCGGGGACCUUCCUGGGGAGGACGGGGAGCCCCUUCUGGGCUCCCGCGAAAGUGGACCCUUGCCCCAGUGCGCCUAUGGCCAGGGCCUUGUGCCCGAAGAAGCAGCUGACCCGGCAGAGGGCGGAGGCGAGCCCGGGGCUGGGGCUGAUGCGAGGCCUCCCAGCGCCAGCAGGGGGGGCCCUGGGUCUGGAGGCCCCUCCAGUGACCAGCCACCUGCAUCUGGAAAUGUGACUGGAAACAGUAACUCCACGUUUAUUUCCAGCGGGCAGGUGAUGAAUUUCAAGGGCGACAUCAUCGUGGUCUACGUUAGUCAGAACUCCCAGGAGGGCCCGGCGGGGCCAGGCGGAGGCGCCGGGGAGCCUGUGGGCCACCCCGUGCAAGAGGAGAGCCCGCCGUGCUGCGACUCGUUCGCGGGUCUCGGGCCGCGCUUCCCGGACACGUGUGGCGCCCCGGAGCCCGACAAGGCCUCGCGGCCGGUGCAGGAGCAGGGGGAGGCCGAGGCCCGCGCGCCCGGGGCGCAGCGCUGA